AAUUUACUAUUUAAUAUUUAUAAACAUUUCAUUGAUUGCAGUGCAUCAAAAGUCAAGGUUAUGACUGCACAAUAGCGCAUGAUAAAUUCUCAGUAACUAGAGGCGAAAGAACAUAUUUUUUCUUAAAUCUUAACUUAUAAUUUCAAAUUGAAGAUAGCAAAAUGACUACAAAUGGACUUGUACAAAAGCAUGUAUCGUGCAAACAAAUGUGUAACGUUGUCAAGUGUUGGCAAUGGGAUAUUUCACAUAUACUGGACAUUGAGAAGAGGAAAAACACUAAAUAUGCAGUUUUAGUGUUAAAUCGGCCCGUGUCACAGAGUCGAGACUUUGUUAUGGGCUUUUGGAAUGGUGCUGCACUUAGAAUGACGGUAGAUGGUGGUACAACACAUUGGAACAAAUUCUUGAAAAAUCUUUCCUUGGAAGAGCAGAAAACGAUGCAGUUGCCAGACAUGAUAACUGGAGAUUUUGACUCCAUUACCACAGAUCUACUGCAGGAGUAUAAAAAGAAAGGUUGUAAGGCUUUACACACGCCAGAUCAAAACGACACAGACUUUACGAAAGCAUUGAUAGAAUUGAAUAAUUAUUGCAAACAAAAUGAGACAGAGAUGGAUCAUGUAAUAGCCAUUGGCCAAAACUCAGGCCGCAUAGACCAAAUCCUAGGCAACAUACAAACACUUUUCCUCGUCAGAGAUCGAGAGCUACUGAACCCAAACACCAAAGUAUAUAUAAUGUCAGACGAUACAAUAUCCUGGCUCCUGUCACCGGGAGACCAUGUGAUAUUUGUUCCAGAAGAUUCUAGAAAUAAUAAACGAUCUUGGUGUUCUUUGGUGCCGAUUGGGGAAAGCUGUGAAUUUGUGACGACUAGUGGAUUGAAGUGGAAUUUGAAUAAUCAACCGUUAAAAUAUGGAGUUCUAGUGAGUACAUCAAAUACCUUUGAUGGUUCUGAAUUUGUGAAAAUCAAAUGCAGUCACACUUUACUAUGGUCAAUGAAAGUUCCUAGUCUAUUUUGUACACAAUAACAGUGCAGACGAAUGGUAAACUAUAUAAUAAUAAUUUAGACCCUUUUCCAUUAGUUUGUAAUCGUGAACAUUGUUUAAAAAACGAAUUAUGAAGUAGACAGAAUGAACUUUUCCGUCUAAUAUUUGACUUGUACUAUGCACACAAAAAUAUUUUUUAAUAGAAUUUAAUUUUUUUUUUAUUAUUAUGUUAAACUGACAGAAUGACAUUUCAAGCAUAUAAUAUACGUUAGCGAAAAGCUCUAAACUUGAGUACUUAUUUUGAAGUGAAAGUUAUUUAGGCGCGUUGAGAGUAAAAUUUCAAGGUCGCGUCAUGGUAUACCGUCACGCCAUUGAGCAAGGUGACGAUUUUGGUAUCUUUGAAUCUUGCCAAAGAAGUUUCACUUCUGACACGUGUGCUCGGCACACACGAUAUGUUUUUUAAAAUUAUAGGAAAUUAUAAUAGAAUUUUCUUUAUAUUUUUUAAUAUUAAUAGUGGAAUACAGAACUUUUGUAUUAACAAUGACAAUACCUCGCUAUCAAAGAUUUUAUAAAUAAUAGUUGAAUAUAAAUUAAAUUAAUAAGAGCACAAUACAUAUUAUAAUUGUAUUAUGAAACCAAAUAAGCGAGAAAAGUAAAUAAAAAAGUCGUAAAUAAUAGUUUCCUAUACAUGCUUCACAUCUUGCUUGUACAUAAUAUGACGUACGUACUUAAUUUUUUAUUUCAGCUAGUUAUUUUUUCAACAUAGAUUAUAUUAAAAAUAUAAUAUGAAAGUUUAAUAACUAGAUUCCUGUUAUUGAUUUUUUAUAGUAAUGUAAUUAUGCAUUGAUUUCAUUGUAUAUGUUUAUACUUAGUAACUAGAUGUUGUUUUAGAUUCAGGUUGUUUUAUACGGGCUUAGUUGAUCAUUGAGCUAUUAUUACUACGUAUAGAGGAGACACGACGAACAAAAUCUGUGCGCCAAAAUCGGCGGCGCGGGGCGGCUUGUCGGUCAUAGAUUAAGUGAUGUCAUCGACUCUUAAUAACUCUUAAUAGCAAAUCCUUUACAAAAUUAUUAUUCAAAAGGACAAUGGGCAAAAACAAGUCACAGUGACAAGUCACAGUUCUUUUUCACGCCCCUUUUUCGGUCCCGGCGUUCCGUCGGUACGCGGCACUAGCUCCAUCCAGUGUCACAUCGCGUACUUUGCCAAUUCCUUUUCACGCUGACACGGCCUUCCGACAGACGCCCGGCCUCGGGGGUUAAUCGUCUUACGUACGAGUCCAAGCAUAUGCCUAGUCGUUACUCAUCUGAAAAGGACCACAUAUUAGAAAAAACACUCUCAUUAAGGAAUACUUCAGCAGCACCCAUUCAAUUCCUGCGAAACCUCUUAAAGCCACCAUACCUAUAGUAUGAGGCACUGUAGAAGAUUGCAGUUACUCAUGAGAAUACUGCAGCCCGAUAAGUCAUUAAGUAUCAUUGAAAGCGUAAAACGAAAAAUAUUCCACCUAGUCCCGAACACGAGGCUAUCGCUGUAAUAACUCUCCCACUACUCUAUGCCCAGCUAGCUUCAAACUUUAGAAACUACUGUAGCAAAUUACCUUGAUCAUCACAUAUUCUCCACACAUUAACCAAAUCAUCAUCAUCAAUGUGAUCAGCAAAACGAGUAGCUGUCGAACCUUCACCGUCGCUAUCCUCAUCGCAAAUUCUAUAUAGGGAAUAGGGAUACAGUAUCACCAUCAUCAAUUUUAUCGUCCUUGCUUAUUGAUGGAUUCACAACAACGUCUCUAACUGCUGAAUAAUCAAUCUGAGGGUACAGUUUCUCAGUGCAGCUUGAAUACCUCGCUGGAAUACCGAUGGAGAAUUUUUUAAGCCAAAAGGCAUGGCCAGGUAUUCAAACUGACAAUUUGGUGUAACAAAGGCUGUACGCUCUACUGACAGCGGUUCUAUGCUUAUAGAAUGAAAACUAGAAGUCAUAUCAAGGAAAGUGAAGAAAUUCGCGCCAUAUAGUCUAUCAAUCUGGUCACUAAUACGAGGAAGAGGAUAAUUAUCUGCGCGAGUAUUUGCAUUUAAUUCCCGGUAAUCUACUACCAUUCGAUUUCCACCAUCCUUCUUUCUUACAAGUAAUAUCGGACUAGCAAACGGGGAGUUACUCUCACGAAUUAUUCCAGCUUCCAAUAAUUCAGAGAUUUUUUACUUCAAUAUAUCUCUUUCAGUCGGUGAUAAGUGAUAACCUAUAGGGUCUAACGUCUUUGGACAGUUUUAUUCGGAUCAAGUAAUUCUAUUUUCAUUUCAACCGUUUUAGCUCGUAUCGUCGGCGUACCUUCAACGAAACUAUCGGCGAAUUUACUUAGUAUAGUAUAUAGGCGUUCUUUAUUAGUACCAACUAAAUCUGUAUCUAUUUGAGACAUGAUAUUAUUUAAUUGACUAGCUUUUGUACAAAGCUGUUUUAAAAUAGUGACACCCUCUGAAUUGAUUUCUAACUGGACACCCAUGUUAAUAAUAACACGGCCCAAGAUAAUUGGUUCAGUUAAAUAUUUGUCAUCUACAAUAUGAAAAAAAAUCUCAUAGUUUAUUGUUCCUUACAUAUAAUUUUUGUAUUUUCAAUACCUAUUUGAGAAACUUAAUUCAUUAAAUUUAAUACCAUCUACAAGCCCUGCUGGCUUGCAAAACUUUAAUGAGUGAACAUUCAGACCCAGAUUCAAAAAGAAAAUGAAUAAUCAUACCCGCAACUUGCAGCUCACCAGAACUACCACACAGCUUGACUUCUUUUGUUGUCACCAAAGAUGAAUUUUUAGCAGGGCAGGCAUUUGCUAGAUGACCAGGCGAUCCACAGGAAUAGCAGGUGACAAGACGUUUUUCUUCAGAACGAGGCUUCAAUGUCUGUGAACUUUGCGAUUUAUUACAAUUAAAGGAUUUAUGCCCCUGUUCUCGACAACGAUGGCAAAAACCAACAAAACUUGCAUUGCGAUGGAUUAUAUAGCGUUGGCGUUUAUUUUCAGUGACUGUGUUCACAUCAUCAACAUGUCUGUUCAAGGAUACAACCCGCAGUGCCCGACAUAAUUCGGAUUUAUUGUUAAUAUUAUUGGAAUUCAAUUCCCUCUUUGUAUUAUUAUCCAGACGUGAUAAAUGAUAAUAUAGCAAAAUCCCGUGAUAACCUCUAUGGUCAUAUUUGACUUGGGUAUUGACUCGAUAAAGUGCCAAAGGCAUAUACAAGCACCUGCAGCCGUCUCUUUGUCAUUCAUUUUAAAUGUUAUAACACGUUCAAAGUUAUCUUGUAUGAGCAAAGGUUUUGAAAACCUAGCAAUGAAAUGUUCUUUCACAUUUUCCCAUGUUAUACAAUCGGGAUGCAUUUUUGCAAGGCAAGUAGCAGCUCGGCAACGGAGUGCUUGCGUCAGACUUAAUAGUAGGUCGGUACCUUUAGUAUCUUUAUGUUUUACCAACACCUCAUUUAUUCUACACCAACUCUCGAUAUCCACUUCGGGGUCAUCGGGGUCGUAUUUCAUGAGCGUCGUUUGAUUUUGCACUCCACCAUUAACCAAUCCACGCAUCGCUCGCAUGAAAACUUUCCAUAUCACUUGAAAUUGGUUGCGACUGCUGCUGACUUGAUAUUCCAGUACCAAUGUUGCUUUUUCGGCCCUGGCGUUCCAUCGGUACGCGACACUAGCUCCAUCCAGUGUCACAUCGUGUACUUUACCAAUUCCUUUUCACGCCGACAAACUUAUCUAUAUGUAUCGUAUUAUUUGUGCAAUAUCGUAACACGCACGAAGGUAUAUUUGAUGAGUUUCACUUUAAAACAAACAAAAAAUGAGCGUGACAUUUAGCGAGCAAACGACUGAGUGCAGUGAGGCCAUUUAACCUAUGUUGAGCGGAACAUAAGUGAUGUAGGCGGUGUCGUCUCCAUACGUAGUAAUAGUAUCUUAAUGUUGUUGGUUUACUUUUUUCUCGCUAUAAACGUACAUGUUUGAUUUUAAAUUAUAUUCUAUUUAUUUAUAAUAUGUAAUUGAUAUGUAUUUUUUAUUAUUUGUUGGAGUUUUGUUAAUUUUGGAAUCACAUCUGAAUAGUUAUUAUUCCUCCCAAUAUGUUUCUUCUAUAUUUUAAUAUUGUAAAUUGUAAUAUUAUAUUUAUAAUAUGUAAAACCAUUUGUGUUCCACAAUGUUAAUUAAUUUACGUAAACUUAGUUAAAUGGUUGUUUUUAAACUUGUGAAAUGAAUUUAUUUAUUUGUUAUUGGG